AUGGAUCGGAUCCCCCCGCUUGCCAUCAAGUAUCCCCGGACACGCUGCUCAGCCGACGCCUUUCUGCGCUUGACUCACGGGGUGCCGGCAAACCAGCUGCUGAGCAUGCUGGGUUCCUUGCAAGUGGAGCGUCUCCCUCAGGUGGUGAUCACCCAAGCGGCGACGGCGGCAGUGGCGGCAGCGACGACAGUGGCAGCGGCGCCGCUGCCCUCCUCGCCGUCCGCGAUCCCGACCGCACCCGGCUGCCCACCGAUCGAGCCCCGCGUUGCGACCGCGCCCCCAGGGCCGCCCCUGCCUGGGAUAUGGCUUCAUGAGGAGGAGUUUGAGAUGUUCUCGAUCUUUGGUGCCGCCGACCACCACCCCUAG